GGUCCGGCUUGCCCAAAACCGACUAACGGCCGACACGACCAGCCACUGAGACUCGGCUUCGGAAUCAUGAGAUCCUUGUGAACCGAUCGGGCGAUUGGGCAUACUAUCAUGCGCAUAUCCGCUGGGGUAUCAUUGGAGCAACUCGUGAUCACGGGGUGAUUCUGUUUACAUGUGGGGAAGCGGCUAUCUUAGAAAAGAUACGGGGGGACAUCGAAAAAGAGGAGACGGCUGGACGACCCGACAUUUCCCCCAACUCCGCAUCCGGCCCCGACAGUCACGUCAUGGCGCCAUCGCGUUCUACUGCUUUCCUCAUCGUGACUCGGCUUCCCCGGGGUUCUCUUAUGGGUAGCCUACUCGCCCAGUCAUGAUCGAAUAGGACCAGGGAGGGGGUGGAGUCGGCGAUGACAGCAUCUGUGGCCCGGUUCCGUCUCCACGUCCCCACCGUUUUCAGGCUCACUCCGGUGCCUCUACGUAGAAUUGAAAAUGCAAAUAAAUAGGUAUGAUGCUCUCGUCCUCUCUUUUGGAAUCCUAAGUGCACCACUAUCAUUCAUCUAUCCAUUAUCCUCUCUCCUACAGCCCACUCGACAAGAACGAACAAGGGCUUUUUUCGCGGCGCAUCUAUCCAUUUCUUCAUUGUCAUCCAGCCCAUCUGCUAUCCACAUGUCUGACCACGCAAAAGAAAAGGACAAGAUAGAAGGCCUCGAGGAUCCGCCCCCUCGAGUGUUGUCCAAUGACCAUCCCACCCAGACGCUGGCUGAGAAUGUUUCUUCGAGCGCUAGUGACGGCUCGGGGGAACCCACCAAAGAGAUCCAUUAUGGCGGGAGGCGUGAACUCACAGACGACGAGUGCUACGACAAACUCGGUUUCUGCUUCCCCUGGUGGAAGAAGUGGAUGAUUCUCUCUGUUAUUUUCGUUGUCCAGAUGUCCAUGAAUUUCAACACGGGUGUCUACGCCAACGCUAUCCCGGGACUUACAGAGGAUUUUGGCAUUAGCGAACAGGCUGCCCGCGUGGGCCAGGCUGUUUUCCUCGUGGCAUAUGCAUUCGGUUGCGAACUCUGGGCUCCCUGGAGUGAGGAGCUGGGGCGUUGGCCGAUUAUGCAGCUCAGUUUGUUUCUGGUCAAUAUAUGGCAGAUUCCCUGCGCCGUUGCUCCUAACUACGCAACCAUCGUAGUGUGCCGCAUCCUCGGUGGUCUCAGCUCGGCUGGUGGCUCCGUCACUCUCGGUAUGACCGCUGAUAUGUGGGAGGCGGAAGACCAAGGCUUUGCAGUGGCCUUCGUCGUGCUCUCCUCAGUUGGUGGCUCGACGGUGGGCCCGUUCUUUGGCGGCUUCAUCGGCGAGUACCUCGACUGGCACUGGGUGUUCUGGAUCCAGUUGAUUUUUGGUGUGGUCACCCAAGUUAUGCACUUUUUUAUGGUCCCCGAGACACGAGCGACCAUCCUGAUCGAUCGCGAGGCCAAGCGGCGGCGUAAGUCUGGGGAAGCCGACGUCUAUGGCCCUUCUGAGGUGAGUCCUGGGUUGGACGCCAAGGAGGUACUCCGCAUCUGGCGCCGGCCGUUCGAGAUGUUCAUCCGCGAGCCGAUCGUCCUGUUCCUGUCGCUUCUGUCGGGUUUCUCAGACGCCCUGAUCUUCGUUUUUACCGCCUCCUUCCCCCUGGUGUUCCAACAAUGGGACUUCAGCGUCCUCGCCGUCGGUAUGACAUUCGGCGCGAUCCUCCUUGGGUAUAUCAUCGCCUACGCCAUCUUCCUGCCGGACGUGUGGCGACAGAUGACGGUUCGCCACGCGAAGGGCGGUGGGGCGCGACUACCUGAACGCCGUCUUCUUCUCCUCCUCUUCAUCUGCCCCCUCGAGCCCAUCGGCUUGUUGGGCUUUGCCUGGACCACCAUGGGCCCCGCGUACACCCCGUGGAUCGCUCCCCUCAUUUUCGCUUGCUUAAUCGCCAUGGCGAAUUACGGCAUCUACAUGGCCACCAUUGAUUACAUGGUGGCCGCUUACGGACCUUACUCUGCCUCUGCGACGGGAGGUAACGGCUUUGCCCGUGACUUCCUGGCCGGUAUCGCGACCAUGUAUUCCACCCCGAUGUACCAGAACAUUGGCGGACGCUUCCACCUGCAGUGGGCUAGUACCCUCCUGGGCUGCGCGGGCGUGCUGGUCAUGAUCCCGAUCUACGUGUUCUACUGGAAGGGCCCCGAGAUCCGCGCGCGCAGCAAGUUCGCGCAGACGCUGGAGGCAGACCGACAGCGGCAUGCGGAGCGACGGGCCAGCCAGGCGUUUGGCAGCCGUCGUCCGAGCCAUAUCUCGGCGGAUGAAAAGCCCUUUGGUAGCUGAAGAGGUGGGGUUGGCAGUCAGCUUACGACAUGAAAUGUUUCAAUGAUGACGAUACCACACCAUUACAUACAUGAGCCAUUUUGAUCCUGAUCCGUCGCGUGAUAUUACAUGGAGUUCUGGAACCCUUCGGCCUUCGGAAGUUGGCCGACACGCUACGGGUCGGCAAGAUCAAGCAUAUAUGCGCGGGAUGACACUGUUGAUAGGUGGAUAUUCUGUCAACCCUUGUACCUAGUUAGCCUAUGC